GUAUGGCGUGCUUAGUGCUCACCUCAUAGCAUUUUUGCACGUGAUUUUACCAAGAAUAUUAUGCACUUGAGUUAAUAAUAGAAUCAUAGUAACAAAUUUUACAUCGAAAUUGACAUUAUCAAACAAUGGAUGAUUACUUCAAACAACGCGUGUGUGUAGAAUUUUGUUACAAGCUCGGUUGUGAUGUAAAUAAAACAUUGCGGCUCGUUAAUUCAGUGUACUCCGAUAACAAAAUCAACAAAUUUCAAUGCUCUCAAUGGUUACUCGAGCUUAGUCGCGUGCAAGCAGGUGAAACAGAAACGAAUCUACAAUCUUAUCUCGAUCCCGUCACGGAAAUUGUUUACAAAGCUAUUGUGCAGGAUCCAAGAUGCAAGUUGGAUAACAUGUCAUUCAUGCUGCAAGUCACAGAGGAACAGUUGGCUGGUGUCAUUGAAAAUGUUUUGGAACUGGGAUAUUUGUGUGGCAGAUUAGUACCGAAGAAACUUAGCUCAUACGAGAUGGACAGAAGACUAGAAGAAAGUCUGUACUUCAGACGAUGUUGGGACAAAAAUCCAAAUAUGCUCAAUCGUAUAAUUACAGGGGAUGAGGUCUGGUUGCAUACUACAAAAUCACUUAAUGGCAGAUCACAUUCAAAAGUACUUUUGAUAGUAUUUUUCAACAAUAAAGAGUUAGUUCAUAUGGAAUUUGUACCUAGAAACACCAAAGUUGAUGCUGAGUUUUAUUGUGAAGUUUUAAACAGACUAAUAGCUAAAGCGAACAAAAAAAAAAUUACAAAUUGGAUAUUACAUCAUGAUAUGACACAAGCGCACUCAGCUUCCAUAGUAAAUGAUUUGCUUUUAAAAAGCGGUAUAGAGGUAUUACAUUAUCCACCAAAUUCACCCGAUUUGGUACCAAUGGAUUUUUUUUUAAUACCAAAAAUUCAAAAAAGAAUAGAAAAUAUGAGUCCUCACAAUAUCUGUUCUGAAGUAAGAGUCUUAUUAGAAUCAAUAGAUCCAGAAGAAUUUGACAAAGCCUUUCAAGAAUGGCAUAACCGAGUAUACAAGUGUAUUACUGAAGAAGGAAAUUAUUUCCAAGAACCUUGUAUAAUUCUUCAAAAAGGCACUGUACAUAAAGAAGAAGUGACUAAUAUUCAUACAAAUGAUACACAAUUAUCUAAAAAUGAAAAUACAGAAUCAUCCAAUCAGUCACUCAAAGAAUAUUUUUCCAACUUUACAAAUGAAGAAACUGAAAAAAUAGAAAAACAAGAGGUUGUUAAUUGCAAUAGUUCUGGUGAUGAUACUGAAAAAGAUUUGUAUCAAGAACACGUUGUCAUUCAAGAACCAAUUUUAAAAUGUACUCUUUGUUCCUAUAGUACUAAAAAAUUUCUCAAAAUGAAGUAUCAUCUUAUGAAAGAGCAUAUUAUAAUAGAUAAAAAAAAACUGAACAAAAUUUUAGAUAAAAUCCAGAAUAAUGAAAUAAAUGCCCAAAAUCACCCAGAUGCUCAUAUUCCAUUUUACUGUACAGCUUGUAAAGUAUAUGUAAAAUGGAAGGGUCUAGAACCUCAUUACUGUAAUGUUUGUGGAAUUCAGUUAUUCAGACAAAUGAAUAAGUCGUUUGUGAGAGAAAAAGUUGAAAGCCAAAAAAUGAUUCCUUUGGAGUACUGUUUGUAUACCAAAAAAAUGGAAACUGCACUUGAACUAGACAAUACAUCAACAAGUAAUGGAGAAAAUUCCAAUAUUCCAACAAUCGAUGGUAGCAAAUUUAAAUGCAGUAUGUGUCCAUACCAAGCACAUUCAGAACAUGGUGUAAAAAUUCAUAUAAGUGUUAUGCAUAAAAAGACACCGCUACUCAGCAGUGUUUCUGAAGACUAUCAAUGUGGAAAGUGUUUAAGAAAAUAUGAAAGUGAAAAUCAACUCAAAGUUCAUAAAAUACUUUGUCAAAUUGAUUAUUUAAAGUGUGAAUUAUGUACAUUUUGUACAAGUAGUUUGAAUAAAAUGAAAUCUCAUGUGGCAAGUGAUCAUGGAGAUAAAAUAUUGGAUCAUGUAGCUCUGAUUCAAAGAAUUAUGGAUGCUGGAAAAAAAUAUUUAGUUUCAGUUUGUAAAAAUCGGCAACAGCUUGAAUUGUGAUAUUUUAAACUUGGGAUAUUCUUUUACUACAAAUGAAAAAUGUGAUAUGAAGUACAAAUGAAAUAAUACAAUGUAUUAUUGC